AUGACUGGCAGAGGACAGAGCAGUGGAGCUCUGCCUUUCUGCACGAACAGCUCCCAGGGCACCCUUUCUUGCAUUCACAUGAGAUCUUUAGAGAAAGAGGUGCGGGAUCCAUGGUGGUGGAGAUGGGGGAAGUCCAAAGUAUCUUUCGCGAUAUCACCCUCAUAUAAAGCCACAAAGCAUUUAAUGCCUGCUUCUCUCACGGCUUGUGGGGUGGAGUCUGGCCGAAGAAAGACUUCCACGUGCUCAGCAAGUGGUGCACUCUUGCUCAGGAGUGUAGUGAAUUUGGUCUUCCCUUGGCUAAACGGCGCUGAGGUAGUAUCGCACCCGGUGAAUGCGUGGGUGAAUAGUACCGUCCCUGGUGAUCGCUGGGAGUCCUGGUGUUUGUAG